GUGAGUGAGAGAGUGAGAGAGUGAGUUUGAGAGUGAGUGAGUGAGUGAGUUAUGAGCGAGAGCGAGAGCGAGGUCGAGAGAAUAUGUGUGCGUGAGUGCGUGUGCGUGUGAAUGGAGAGCGAGACAGCGGCGCAUCACAGGGCGUCGACACUUCAGCUGGAGGCGUCACACUACAAUUUCACUCUUACCAGUCACACUUACAAAUCCAGAUCAGCAUAAUGUCUUCCCCAAGCAGCCUGACCCCAGACAGCCCAAACAAGGGCUUUCUGCUGCAGGUGCCGUCCCCUAUUGUCACAAGACGCAACCGCACAAAGUCCACGACGGAAAUUGCCAAUUCAAACCCAGAGGUGAAAGGAAAGGUGAAAUACUUCUGUCGAACCAAAGGCCAUGGCUUUAUCACACCAGAUGAUGGAGGAGUUGACAUCUUUUUGCAUAUUUCCGACAUUGAAGGAGAAUACAUACCACUCGAAGGCGAUGAAGUUACUUACCGCCUGUGUCCCAUCCCACCGAAGCGUGAAAAAUAUCAGGCAACGCAUGUACGCAUCGUCAACUUCACCCCAGAGGUCCACCAUCGCUGGGAUUGCUUGCCCUCUGAAGGACAUUAAAGCAGCAUAUAUGUUAUUUUCCUCUCCCAUUUAAUUGCUAAAUAAUGAACCUAUUAAAACAAAUGGAGAGGAAUGGUUUAAUUGUGGUUAGUGGCCAAUUGUAUGGUAGAAGAAAAUAUAAUUGAAUAGCCAGUUAGAAUAAUGGUGAUAUUGAGAAUGAUAAUAAUGCUAAUAAAAGCAAGGCUGUAAGUUAAUGUUAGAGUUACUGUUCAACUGAUGUUGACUGGUUGUAUUUAGUGAUUUUUCAUGUGCCUGAUUUCUGCAUUUUUACUCAGCUAGUGACAGAUAAAAAAGAAAAAAGAUAAUGGUAAUAUGACAAAUGAAAGUAGGUAAUUUAAUCAUUGUAUAUAAUCAAAACUUGACUUUUGAGACAUGCUGUUUAAAUUAUUUACAUUUUUUUCUUUACUGAAGGAUAACUUUGAAUAGUAAUAUUGAAUUAUAGAAAGUUCAAAUUCUACCUAAUAUAAUAUUACAAUGUUUUAUGAGUAUAUGGAGAUUAACAAUUCCUGGCAUGAAUGCUCAUGUACAGAAUCUUGUGUUCCUCAUUGUGCACAAUGUCAUACCAGAUGUAGAGGAAUGAAGUCUGCUGAGAUUAACACAAAAAUAUACUCCUGUGCCAAUAUUGACUUAAGCAAUAUUUAUGCAAGGCAUUUUUUAAAAAGAUACUUCUAAAACACUUCAUCAAAACCUAAAAUUGCUUAGUCCCUUAUUCAGUUUUUAGAUUUUUCACAGAACUGUAAGUUAUGACGAGUUUUGCUAUGAUUUUGAUGGCAAGUUUAACACUUAAACAUGCAUGUUGUCAGUGAUGUAUCAUAGUCUGCCUAACUAGAAUAUAAACUUUUGCAAUGCGUUGUGGAAGAAAAGGCAUUUGGCCACUUUUCUCUUUGUUUAUGAUAACCUAAAUGAAAGACAGGCUUCACUGCAUAACUGAAAUGAAUUUGAAGAAGAGGAGAAAGUAAUGUCUUUUUUGUUGUAAUACAAAUGAUAUCACUAUAGAUGCUUACAAUGUGGAUCUGUUUGGAUAUUUGGCAGAGCUGCACAGAGCUGACUUUAAAUAUCAUUUCAUAAGUUUUUGCAAAUUAUGCUCAAGUCAUUGUAUUUUUUUUUCAUGAUGGUUAAAAGGUUAUGAAGAAAGCACCCAUAUGCUGCAAUAAAUAGAUAAAUUGCAUAUUUUUUUUUGGUUUGAAGCUAAUUUUUGAUGGCUACCAAAAUGGCAUAUGUUUAUUAAUGACUGCUGCUCAGGGUGAACUCAAAGGUGUUUCAUGAUUAUAGGUACAGUCUGUAGGUUGUUUAUAUCAUAGUUUAGUUAUCAUUUGCAAUUUCAGAUAUACUAAUGCUAUAGAUUGGAGAGACCAUUUGUACUUGGAAGUAUUACAGUCAAAUAUCUCUUGUCCUUUGGAUUUGAGAUAGCAGUCUUUAGAUUCAGUGCAGAUUCAUAAAAUCACUAGAGCGAUAACAAUAAUGAUCGUAGAUUUAUUGCUGCAGUGAAUGAGGAUAUGUUUUAUUAAAGAUGAAUGAUUUGGUUGGGUUAACCAGGGUAGGGAGAUUGUUCUUUUCCCCUGGACCAGAUGUUCAGUAAUAAUUGAUCAAAAUGCUAUUGAAAUACAUUAUUUGGAAUGGUUUUGAUAUCUAGUUAGCUUUGAUCCUUACUCUAGGAAUUCCUAGUAUGGUAAAAUUUGUAUAAUAAGUCAGUUGCAUAAAGUUGAAUUGCUUAUCUCUAUCCAGUAGGCAUUUUGGCUUGAAAAAUGGUGCAUGUGUAAAUUAUAUGAGCAUAAUGCAUGUCCUGUUGGUGAAGAAGUGGGGUUUAAGCCGAAACACAAAUGUGAAAAUAACCAUAUUGCUCUUCUCCAUUAGGAAUAAAAAAAGAAAAGAAAAAAAUACAGUACAAGAGUCAUUAAAAAAAUUUAUGUGCUCCUUAAAGCUGUCUUUUGACAAUAAAAGCAGCAUUCCUUUCUUGAGUGAGAAUACUAUUAGUGGAUUUGCUAUGUAUGUAAUACCUGUGGGUAUAUCUUUGUAAUUCAGAGAAACUUUGCAUGUAUUUAAAUGGAAUGUUGACAGUGUCUGUCUUUUUCAUAAUAUUAAACAUUAUAUGAAUAAAUAUGAAUAUCUGUGUGUUGAUUAAAUCUUCAUCAGGAAUCUGUGUAUUUCUAAUGAAAAUUUAAUCAAAACAUGCAGAUACAUCUCUUGCACUAUUAAGAUAUUCAUUCUCAUUCAUACCAUUUUACCUGUGUAACAGUAAAAUCUAUUUAUUAAGUAUUCAGUUGCCUGACUGAUCCAUAGAUAUGCAUAAUGUGGUCAGUGCCUGUUGCCUUCUGACUGCAGUCUUAAAGUUGCUAAUUUCGGUUUCUAGAAUGUUUUGUUCCACAUUCUGUCUUUGUCUUGUUAAUAAGUUGCCAAAGCUUAAAGUUAGAAUAGAUUUAUUUUUUGUGUACAUUUUGUUUCUUUUUGUAAAUUCAGUUGUUUAUAUGCUAAAUUUAUAUAUAUUUGCUGCUGUGUUAAUGAAUAUUUUGUUGUUAUUAUUUUUUAUUAUGAUUAUUUGGUUAUAGUUUAUGGUUAUGCGAAUUGGUGUUCUGUGGUUGUAUUAAAAUGUUAAAGCUGCAAGAUGUGUUCUAGUUUUAGUUUACAGUGUAAUGUGGAUUUAGCACAAACUGUAACUCCUAUAAUGUUUUUAAGUUCAUACAACAAUAAAAAAAUUUGUUUUGCAUUAA